GCGGCAUAAGUCAGUGGUGCAGUGUACACGAUAGCAGUGCUUGGUUUAUUGUUGUAUUACGGUGUUCGCGUAGUGUUCGGUUAUUUUUAAAUAUAGAUACCCUUUUGCGGUUUUAGUAUAUCUUUAGUUUUGCGUGUGAUUCUUUGAAAAAGACAGUAGAGCUGCUUGUAAUGGGCCGUUCUAGAUCCAGGACAAAAUCUCCUAGUAGGCGGCGUCAUAAGAGUAAGCAUUCGAGAAAACGUUCCAAGUCGCGUGAAAAGCAUUCGAACAACAAAUACUCCGACAAGCCAAAGGAACGCAGUUCAAAGUCAAGGAAACGGUCACAUUCUGCAUCUUCUAGUUCAGGCACAGACGCUUCAGAUGAUGUUCACAUUGUCAGUCACAAGAAACGGUCGUAUAGAGACAGGGAUCGUAAAAUGGAUGAGGUAGAAAGAUUAGCAGAAAUGGAGCGUCAGAGGAAAAAGAAAGAAUUAUCGAACAAAAUCUUCACCGCAAGUGCAGUUGGAAGGCAACGCGAGGUGGAACAAAAAAUGGUGGAGGAAGAAGCUGCCAAACGAAUAGAAGAACUAGUGCAGAAGAGGGUGGAGGAAGAGCUAGAAAAACGUAAGGAGGAAAUAGAAGCUGAAGUACAAAGGAGAGUAGAAGAAGCUAAAAGGGCUAUGGAGCGUCAAAUGAUGGAGGAAAUGGAAUGGAGACAAGCAAAGCUUCGUGAGGAGGAGAAACGAAGAGAGAAAAGAAAAAAGAAAAAAAGAAUGGAACUAGAGAGGAUCAUGGAGGAGAACAACAGAAAGAUAGAAGAAGCUCAGAAGAAACUGGCUGAGGAAAGAUUGGCCAUGGUCGAACAGCAACGUUUGAUGGAAGAGGAGAGGCAGAGAAUGAGGAAAGAACAUGAAAAGCGUGUUAAAGAGGAACAAAAGAAAAUCCUCGGGAAGAACAACUCGAGGCCUAAAUUGUCCUUUACGCUAAAGCCAGUUACGUGAGUCUGUCUCAUUUCGUGCAGUUUUACAUGUGAUAUUUAUACGAUCUUGUCGGUAUUUGGAAUGAUUCGUAAUUCCGCAAGAACAUUCACCGAUAAGCUGCUUGUACAUAGGUACAAAAGUUUUCACGCAGCAAGAAGAAUCCAAAGCU